GUUUUACCUGCUAUAAAAGAUAAUGUACUUACUUUCGUUAUACCCGUAUAUAGUAGGAAAAGUUUAAUUUAUUUUAUUAUCGCCUAGAGCCUUGACAUACAGCAGGAUAAACUUUUGUAAGGGAUUAUUCAAUAUUUUAUUUUUACAGACAAAAUGAAGUUUAUCGUUACGAUUACACUCAUCGUCGCUACCUCCGCUCUGCCACUCAUUAGACAGUCUGCGGAGGAUGAUGCCUCCCAUAUUAGUUUUCGACAUUGGAAACCUACGCCUGAUUCUUUGCCUCUUAACAAGCCAAAAAAAGACAUGAAUUCAAAAUUUCUACGAGAAUUACUUUCUCAACUCGCAAAUUUCAAAGUUGGCUCUGAUGUUGAAAAUGGAAAAAUAACGCCUAAUGAUGUUUUAAGUGCCUUAAAAAUAAUACAUCAAAUUCUAAGUAAUAAAAAUGAUGAAGAAGACGAAGUUGUACCAAAUAAUGAUGGAUCUGAGGAUGGACAAGAAGCAAUUCCACCAAAUAGCGAUGCACCCGAAGAUAACAAAGAAGCAGAUUCAUCAAUCAACGAUGAUAUAGGAAACGGUCAAGAAACGGUUUUAUUGAUUAUCAACGAACCCGAAGACAGCCAAGAAGAAAUUUUACAAAUUAACGUUGAAUCUGAAUUUAUCCAAGAAGAAAUUUCACCAAACGAAGACGUCCAAAAUGUUUCCCCAAACAGAAAAGUUAUUUCAGAUAUGAUGAAACCCGAAAUUGUUCAAGUUGCAGAAAAUAAAGAAGAUAUUUCUGAAAAGCAAAGAAGAUUCGUUGAAUUUACGCCACGGUCUUUUCAAUUUGUGCCCCGUUUUACUUCUGAUGGCAUUGAGUUCAUCCCCUCUCCUGUUGAUCAAGUGGAUUUAAGUACUAAAACGUAAAAUGAAUGAAAAUUUUACAUUAAAUAAAUUUAACAUAAAAACUUU